AUGGAGCUUCCCCGGUUUUUUUACCGGCACCUGCUGAUGUUCUUCGGCAAAUCGGCCAGUAUGAAGGAGAAGUCGAUCUUCCAGCGGAGCAGCAGCAGCGGCCUCCUCACCCUGAACAGCGGCGUCAGCCUCCACCUCUACGUGAACCAGCUGCCAAAGGGAGCCGCUCAGGUCCCGUCCAAACUGCGUCUGAACCCACUCUCUAUUUCGGCGUGGCAAGCCAACAACGAGAUCAGCCUACACCUGUCAGUGGAGGGGAAGGUGUUCUCUGUUUUCUCGUCAGCUUUUGAUCACUCUGACUCCAAAGUGGUUAGCAUGUCCACCACAGACAAGCUCACUCAGUGGCAGGUGCUAGGAUACCAGGGAGCCCUGCUCAGCCACUUCAUUGAGCCCGUCUAUGUGCAAAGCAUCCUUAUAGGUGACGCUUGCUGCACUGACGUCCGUGGCAUGAAGAUCUCUGUGAGCCAGCGUGUGGAGGGCGUCACCUCCCUGCUGCCCAUGUUCUACUGCAUGAUGAGACCCCACAUCAGCCUGGUGCCCUCUGUGGCCACCAACAGCACCGACGGAAGGCAGUUCACCUACGGUGUCAACUGGAGCGAAGGAGACAGAACCCUGGAGGUGGUGGAUGGCCUGGAGGGCAGGGCCAUAGCAGAGUCUCCCUUCAAGAGUGGCAGUGCUCUUGCUAGCCGCCUUUGCAAAGCGGCGAUGACGCACCGCUUCAAGAUGGUGGCCAAAGUGGCCCAGAGGCCGGAGCUGCUGGCAGUGAGCUCCUACAGCAAGGCCAAGAGGAUGGCCAAGGCGUAUCAGGAGGCAAAGAACGUGCUGAAGGCGUACCUGCUGCAGCAAGGCUACGGGGCCUGGCCGGUCAAGGUGUCUGCGAGUGAUAACUUCAGAAUGUGAAGAUGAACACAUUAUCUCGAGAGAACAAAACCUGUGUUGAAGAAUUAAUGUUCACAUAAAAAAAAAUUAAAAAAAAGCACUGGUUGCUGUGGGACUUUAGCGUAAUGCUAAUGUGAUUUCCAAAGGGAUUAAAGUCAAUCACUGUUAAUGUUGAAGAGCUAUUUUGGGUUAGUUGAAUUUGUCUUUGGUGUUUUACCAUCAGGUUUAGUUGUGAUUUUCACAUAAGGAAUACGAAUGCUUAAAAAGUUUGUAACGUAGCCAUUUGUAGAGGCAAACCAAUUGUUACAGCCCUAACGCUUUUAUCUGGGAAAUAGUUUUGCUUCCUUGUGUGCAUGGUGAUAAGUGAUUUACAAAAAUUACAUUUUGCCAAUGUGUUGGAAAUGUGCAUGUUCAAUAUUACUUUCUGAAUCAAGAUUUUACUUUAAUUGUCCCUAAGUAUAAUGAGUAAGUUAUGGUUGUUGCAUAAACAUUUAAAGUUUGUCUUGAAUGACUGUUUUGUGAGAACAACCUCUUUUUGAUUUAUCCCUUGCUGCUGAACAGUAUGUGUGCCUAAGUGAGCCAUGGCUAAUGCUCAAUGAUGGAACAAACAAAUAAAUAAAACCAAACCAUAGUUCAAA